AUGUCUCUAAAUGCACAGGUGCAAUCGCAUCUCCGCGAUAUUGUAGACAAAGCUUGUGAAGACCAAAAGUCCGGCAUUCCUGGGACUACGGUCGUGGUCGUUGGCAAAGAUGGCAACGAACUUUUCGCUCACUCCGCGGGUAAGCGAGGCGCGGGAUCCGAAGACCCUAUGACCCUCGACACCAUUUUCUGGAUUGCAUCUUGUACUAAGGUGGUGGUUGGUCUUGCUUGCAUGCAACUGGUUGAGCAGGGAAUUCUCAAGUUGGAUGAUGCGGAGCAGACAGAGGGUCUUUGCCCUGAAUUGAAGAGUCUCAAGGUUUUGCUGCCAGACGGUAGUUUUGAGGAAAAGAAGAAUGGGAUCACCCUGCGCAUGCUCUUAUCUCAUACUGCUGGAUUCGGCUAUACAUUUUUCAAUGAGAGACUGAGACAGUGGUCGUACCCGAUCGGCGCGGAUGAGUUCUCUGGGCGGAUUGAAGAUAUGAAGAUGCCUCUGCUAUUCCAGCCCGGUGAAGGUUGGCAAUAUGGCGUUGGUAUCGACUGGGCGGGAAUCGCACUGGAACGCGCAACUGGCCUGACGCUCAACGAAUACCUACAAAAGAAUAUCUUCCUGCCCCUUGGAAUUAAGAACAUGUCCAUGAUCCCAAGCCAUGACAUGCGUCAGAAGCUGGCAUACAUGAAUCAGCGAAACCCAGAUGGGACCCUGAGGCCCCGAGACCAUCCUCUUCGGGCGCCUCUAGUGGUUGAUCUGGAGAACAAGGCUGAAGUCGCCAGGGUGUUCAAUAGCGGUGGUGCGGGUAUAUUUGCCAAGCCACAGGAUUACUGCAAGGUCCUCGCUGUGCUGUUGAAUGAUGGAACGUGCCCUAAAACGGGCAGCAAGUUGCUUCGCAAGGAGACCGUCGACGAAAUGUUCUCUAACCAGAUCCCUCAGUUCCCCAACUACAGCCGUCAAAGCAUCCCAGAUGCAAAGCCGGACCUGACCAACCCCGUUCCUGAGCUGUACCCAGUUGCUGGGAACCCACCACAGGGUUGGGGCCUCACUUUCAUGCUGAGCAACGGCGGUCCGACAGGGCGGUCAACUAGCACAGGGCACUGGGCUGGGCUCCCGAAUUUGUGGUGGUGGGCGGACAGGGAGAAGGGUGUUGCAGGGAUUGUUUGUACACAGAUUCUGCCAUUUGUAGACCUUAAUGUACUUGGGCUAUGGGGAACAGUUGAGGCUGAGAUAUACAAAGCCCUCAAUAAGGCUUGA